GUGUGAUUUUAUACAACUAUUGUUGCACGAUAGUUGUUUGAUGACGUCAUAGGUGGGUGUAUCUCAUUACAAUGGCAGCAAAAGACUAUAAACCAGUGGAGAGGGGUUGGCAUUCUACAGUAAGAGUAGGAGAUUACUUAUAUAUGUGGGGUGGGCUCCAGCCUGGUCUCCCUAAAGUACACAAUAAUGAUAAGAAGAAAGCACUGUCAUCAUUAAUGGAGGUAUACCAUUUACCUACUGGUAGAUGGGAGCAGAAACCCACCACUGGUAAUCCUCCAUUGGGUAUUUUUGCCUAUGCAUCUGCUGCCAUUGGCAAUGAGAUAUUUUAUUUUGGUGGAGGGUGUAAUCAUGAUAGCUGUUUUCAUAAUAGCCUGUACAGUUUUAAUGUUGAUACAUUCACCUGGAGGGAACUCUCACCUACUACUCCUCAUCAUGGACCAAUGAUGAAAGGAUACUGUAGCAUGCUAGCAUUUCAAGUGAACGGUGAGGACUAUCUUGCAGUAAUUGGAGGACAAGGACCAUCUUCUAACAAUACACCCACACAACCUAAUGCUGAGUAUGACAGCAAAGGAAUGGUAUCUCGGUUUUAA